GUUCUGGCAGCACUGAUGAUCUGGGCAGAGAAAAUAAAGCAGAGCGUCGACAGUCUUUAGAUUUUACGUAGGAAAUUUUAAGUUUUAUUUUGAAAAUGUUUCAUGAAUAUUAUUACGCGGAUAGUGCCUAAAUUCUGUGGAAUACAGUGAACAAUCCGGGAAUAUACGGAUUGUGUGUUAUUAGUGCUUAUAUUCUAGAUUGAAAUUUUGCUCAUUUCGAACGGCGAGGGUCCGCCUUCUGCUGGAAACAUCGCUUCUGAGGAAUCUGAAAACACGGCUAAUUGCUUAAAUUUGCCAAAAUGAUCUCAACAAUUAUUUUCUAAUUCCUGGAAUUUCACACGAGUAACUAUGACACGGAGACAAGUAUUAUUCUAUCUAACGUUGCAGUGCUGUGUCUGUUCGAUACUAGGAUUGGGAUGGGUUCUGCCAGAGAAACCCAUCGUUCGAUUGGUGAACCAGUCGUACGACAUUAGCUGCACAUUGAAUCGUUCGGAUCCAGAUACCGAAAAAUUCAACAGCCAUGAUCUAAUGUUCUAUAUUAUGAACGACACAACAACACAACACAAACCGGUGCAACAUGAACACAUGCAACGGGAACAUGUGAAGAUUGUAAAUGAUACUACAAUUCAACUAAGUGUCCAUAAUGCAUCGGCAGGAAAAUUCCAAUGCAUUUGUAAGCUCAAUCACACCAAGGGUGUAGGUAUGCGAAGUGUCUACGUUGGAUAUAAACCAUAUAAUGUGACUAACUUCAAAUGUCGGUCGGAGAACUGGCAGAAUAUGAACUGCACGUUUAUGCAAAAACAAAAUCCAAUACCCACUGAUUACAAGCUCAACUUCAAAUUCGAUAAGGAAACAUCAUUCGUGGACUACAAUUGCCCUCUGGAGGGCAAAUCGGACACGUGGUCGUGCUUGAUCGAUUUAGAUUCGUCAUAUCGGCAGUCCCACGAGUUUUACUACUUCGUACUGGUAUCGAACAACUCAUUAGGACGUAACGUGGAGUAUUUCACCAUCAACAAUUACGAUAACGUCAUACCGGAAGCGCCCACGGUAUGCCAAGCCACUAAUAUCACAUCCAGGAGCGCGACCCUGCAUUGGGCCAUUUCGUACAAGCUGCAAACCUUCAAACGUGACUUCAUUUUCCAAAUCAAAAUCCUGUCCAGCUUCGAUAAUUCCAUUUGGAAACCGAUCAGCAUCGUCAACCUUGCCAAAUCUUUAACCAACUACACGCUCCCCAUUGAGAAUCUGGAAUUCGCCGACACAACGUACGAUGUCCGGAUCAGGAUGAAAACGGCGACGGCGGAAAACAACGAGGAAAUGUGGUCAAACUAUUCGAGCUGUUUGUUCAAAACGUUACCUCGCCGGCCGGAUAAUCCGCCGGAGGUGGUCAUCGGAGGGUUCGAAAUCAACGCGUACAAUGACAUUUUCGUGUACUGGAGGGAAAUUCCCAGAAGCAAACACAACUCGGCUACGGGCUUCCGAUAUAAAAUAUCGGAGAUUACCAGAAAUGGAAUCCCAAUCAGUAACAUAACCGAAGGUCGCAAUGGAAGCUCUAUGAUUCAAUUCAGGAAUAUGACUGAUGGUAAUUACACAUUUGUCAUUCGAAGUUCAAACAGCGAGGGAGAUUCGUUUGGGGCGAGUCAUCUCUUCAUACCAGCUAGGCGAUACCGAGCUCCCAAACCGGAAAUAACCAAACUGUUGUCGGAUUCCGGCAAAUAUCUUCUCUCAUGGAAACUGGUUCCGGAAUACGCAACUAAAAUCACAUCGUACACAGUAUUUUGGUGUAAUUCUAGUAGUAAUUCACCGAACGAUUGCAAUGGUUCCAUAAACUUCGAUCAGAUCGACGGUACAAGAGACAGUUAUGAACUGAACAACGUCAGCUCGACGUUAAAUUUUGCUGUCGCUGCCAAUUCCGGUAACUUCUCGUCUGGCAUGGUGUGGGCGUCUUGUACGGCCACCCAGAAGAACGACAUCGGCAAACUGAAAACCAUUUGGAUCCCAGCUAUGCAGUCCACCUAUAUCGAUCUGGAGUGGAAGCUGGAAUGUGGGGAUAGUGCAAUAGUCGAAGGGUACAGUAUCAUCUACUGUCCCAUCAGUUCACCGCGGGAUCAAAGCUGCAAAGUUCCGGAAGAAUCUCUCAACAUUACGGGAACCACCUCGCAUCGCAUAACUGGACUGAAGCCGUACGUCACGUACAAAAUUCAGAUAGCGAUGUAUUCGAAGACUCGAAUAGGCCCCCGAAGCGAUCCACUGUUCAAUACGACGCUGGAAGAUGCUCCAUCUCCACCUCGAAACCUUAUGUUGAAAGACGUACGCAACGACUCAGUCAUAUUACACUGGGAUCCCCCGCUGCAAAUAAACGGUGGCAAAAUGAACUACGAGGUUUGGUACAAUCAUCAGCACAAGAAAAUUGAUCCAGAGAACUAUACCGACCAUGUCACGUAUAACCUGACCGGUCUGGAGCCGUUCACCAACUACAAGAUCAUCGUUCGAGCCUACACCAUAGCUUAUUCGAACAACUCCAACUCGGUGGACGUUACAACGGAGAUUGGAACUCCGGGAAUCAUGACACAACCCGGAUCAGUGGGCUCGAACAGCACCAGGCUGUCGAUAAUAUGGCAACCACCGGAGAAGAAAGCCGGAUGUAUGGAGUACUAUGAACUCAAGAUUAAAACAAAUACCCAAACGGAAGAAUCGGCCAUAAUCAUGCGUGUGUCCGGCACACGUUGCACCUUGAAGCGAUCCAUCUGCUUGGGGUCCGCUGACUCCAAUCGCACCGAUAAGUACGAAUUCUCCGUUCGUGCCGUGAACGUUAUCUUGAGCCCCCAUGCCCCAAACUACACCGAAUGGAACAAGCUGGCUUGUGAUCAGAAGUAUUCUUAUUACCUAAAUCAUGGAGUGCCUAACCCGUAUAACUAUCACUCACACCCCAGUGGGUUGGAAUGUGAGCUUAACGGCCACAGCGUACCUUUUAUUGACUGGAUGAAAAUAGAUCAGUAUGCCACUAUUCUGCACGGCGAGUGGUCCUGGCCACUGACGCAUUGGUGCAACUAUGGCCCGAGCAACACCGCAGCAAUCAUCUUUCUAUCAAUUGUCACGUGUUUGGGAAUCAUCAGUUUGCUUAUCUGCACUUACAUGAGCUUGAAAAAAAUGAAGCAAAUCAAAAACAUUAAGGUUGUGCUUCCGGAUGCUCUGAACGAUAUCGUUACGUCCGAUAAGCCGGAUUUGUUUAAAGAAAGCCACGACGGCUACGUCAACGGGUACUCGGAAAAGAACGCCGGCGAUACGUUGCUCUCCUACUCGCCCAGCCAUCGGUAUAUAAAGAACAAUUUGGACGAUUCUACUAGUAUUGGUUCAAAUGACGAAAACAUCGACAACGAUGACGGUGUGGUGGAUGGCGAAGUGGAUUUGCUGUCACUAUCCGAUGACGGGAAAUCGGAGCAACAAUACUUACCUAUGGAACAGGAUUUGUGUCAACCGACUGAACAAAUGAACACUGACAUAUUGAAUAUUAAGACUAAUGUAAAUAAGGAUAAUGUUUUAAGUUUGCCAUCAACAGGAUACGUUUUAGCCCCUGUAGCAAAACCGAGCACAAACGGAUAUGUCCAAGCACCUUUAGCUAAGCCUACUGUCACGUCCAACUACAUUCAGCCAAGUGCAUUCUCUGGAAUCAACAAUCCGAGCCUCUCGAAAACAUCGAUUAUUGUGUCUACUACGGAUGCUGAUGGAAUCUCUGGAUACGUUACACAUAAGCAGCUAUCUGAUUAUGGUCUAAAAAUGCAGUAAUGAUUAUCAAUGUUUGGUAAAAUUGUAUUAAACAAUAUAUAUUGUUGUACUGUACACUA